AUGACAUCUCUAGCUGACUGUACAGAGGUGGAGCGGCAGCUUCAGAUCAGCAAAGACCUCUUUUCAUACAGGGAAAAGGCCCUGGCCCUGGCCCUGCAGAAUCGAUCAAAGAAUACCAAUAAGCAGUAUCUCCCCAAGCAGAGAGAAUGGCGGGACUUCUGCAAGGAGACUGGCUUUGAAGAUGGGGAGAUGGUGACAGAGAGAAAGCUGGUCUGGUUUCUGGAAGAGAAGGUGCUUUGUCGUCCACUGCAGGGCUCUGUUUAUAAGAGCAAAAGAGCUCGUACGGACAGGGAUGGCAACACUGUGCUGCAGACUGUGGGUAAGAGCACAGUCAAGCUAUAUGUGGCAGCCGUGGUGGAUCUGUACAGAUUUCAGAAGAGCAGAGGAAUCAACUCCUCUGAUCAUCCACAUGAACAGCUGAGGGAGACAUCCCGUACGGCACAGCUGCCUGAACUUUUCAUCCUUCAGCUUUCAAAUGAGGGGCCCACUCCAUGUUGGCCUAUGAUUCUCAUCACAGAUAAUGGCAAGACCAACCAGCUGGGGCAGCUGAAGUAUGCUGCUGUGAUGAGACAUAAGAAUUCUCUACUCUGUACAAUAUCUCAUCUGGCAUUCUAUCUGUUCUACCGCUGGAAUAUUGUAUGGGAAAGUCUUCCAGACUUUUGA